CCUCUCUCAUCCAUCGUCUCGCUUUUUCUCAUCGCUGUUGCCGGCUUCCCCGCACUCACGCACGCAUGCACGCACGCGCCACUCGAGGAUCGACCUUGUCUUAGUUCGGGCGAGACUGAGUCGGUAAGUACCAGGCCAGAGAAGGGCGAAGAAGGGUGACGGCGAAGAAAAGCUGCCGGUGGGCCGGACUCCGCUGCCACAAACCCGGACCAGAGACACGGACGCAAGAAGAGAGGACAACGGCGGCGACGCGACCACGUUUUUAUUGUCGGCACCGCAGGCGAUAGAUAAAAAAGAAACCCGUCGCGCAGCAGACCGAAGGAAGGCGUGCUGUGGGCACGUCGCACACGCAACAAAGAGAUAAGGAAAACAUCACAUCAGGUCAGGCAACGUGCUCUCGCUCCUCUUCGGUGGCACCACCCCCGACACUGGCGACGUCCGCCUCGCAGUUGGCCUGCGCAGUCGGCCGAGCGACACCGAGCGUCGUUUAUUCCCAGCUCCAGACGCCCGCCUCCGCGACAGGGAUUGCAUCGCAGCCUGCACACGUGCUGCCUGCCUUCUCACCUCACCCUCCGGGUUGCCUCUUGGUGGCGCAACGGUGGUGCUGGGCUCCCACCCCCACGGCGCAGCGGUUUGCGAUCCCUAACCCGCCAGCGGGUGCUAAGGUUAGAGAUUGCCUGCUGCGGCGUGGUUCGGCGCUCCUCCGCGGGUACCUUCAGCGAUCGCGGCCCCCCGACGUCCACCAUCGUAGGGCAGGACAGGGCCGUCACCACCCAACCACCACGCUCCUCCCCUCCACCACUCCAGCCGCAAUUGGAAACGAGGCGACCAGUGCCAGCAUCGCCGACGUCGAGUUCUUAGGAGAGGCGAACCCGGUUUCGCAAAGCGUCCCUUAUAAACGGAGCCCCAUCCCAGAAACACCGACGAGUCCCCGGACCCAGUCCACACGCACUGAAUCAUCAUCACCACCCCGUCGGUGUCAAACGGCAAGCCCAGCUCUGAGGCCCAUUAGAACCCUUACCUCAGCAGAAAAGGGGGGGCCGCCCAGUGUGGAGUUUGUUUCUCUUCGCAUUACGGAGUACUGCACUGUACCGUACGGAUCAUGGAAUAGCCAUGGUUGCGUCAAAUGCACCUCCGGUACCCAUGGCCGAGGACGAGGCCACCUCGGGCUUCAGUCACGACGAGGGCGGGUCGAGCGGCGAUGAAACCUCGCACAACGGACCCGCCUCUACUGCCGCUGCCGGCAACAAGAGGAAGAGGACCAAGUAUCAGAAGACAUCAUGCGAGCUAUGCAAGGCCCGCAAAGUCAAGUGUGAUAGGGCUGAGCCUGCUUGCUCCUGGUGUGCCCGCCACAACCGUACCUGCGUCUACCUCGAGAGGCAGAAGCCUGGCAGUCGCAUCGGCUUCACCCUCGAGCUCGAGACCAAGGUGAACCGCGUUGAUGCCCUCCUGCAGACGCUAUGGCGCCGUGUCGAGGACCACAUCGCUCACGACCACGCGAGCCCGUCGCAGCAGACGCUGUCACCCUCCAUCAGCAACCCCAACGCUUCGCAGGCUGAUGGCUUCCCGCCUCAGCCUGAGGGGCCCGCGACGCGGAGACCGGUAGGUGUCCCGGCCGGUACCCCCAUCAUUCCAGGCAGGACGCCGGUGGCAUUCUCCAGCCCCUCAUGGCAGGGUGCCGAGAGCCAAGAUGGGAUGCGAGGCGGCCCUCGCUCGUCCGUGCAAGGACCUCCGGCGGGCAUGUCCAUGGGCGGCGCGGGCGCGGGCGGAGAGUCGUCUCCUUACAACGGGACGAACCACAUGCCUCGAGGACCUCCGAUGCGAGCGGGCUCUUCGUCGCUCUCCGGCGGUUCGGACCUCCCGCCACACGACAUGAUCUACACGCUGGUCGACCUCUACUUUAAGCACUGCAACACGUGGUGCCCGAUCCUGGACCGCAAGACAACGUUUGGCGUGUUCUUUGGAUCGACAUCACAGAGCGAGGUCGACCGCAUACUCCUGCAUGCCAUCGUAGCGACGACGCUGCGGUUCCUCAAAGAUGCACGGCUCUCGUCAGAGAUGAGGGCCCAUUACCACGCCGUGUCAAAAAAUACUGUCAUGAUAUACGCCAUGGAGCACGUCAGCGUCGCGGCGCUCAAGGCACUCGUCAUCCUAUCGCUCGAUGAACUGGGCACGUCCAACGGCCCGCGAGGGUGGAACCUACUAUCCCUACUGGCACAAAACGUACGGCACCUGGACCUCUGGGAAGAGAACAGCAUGUACCUCUCGGCGGGAGAGGAGGACUUGCCACACACGGGCUCAGUGCGACGGGUCACAGUCGGUCAGCCUGAGUCUUGGAUCGAGGACGAAGGUCGGCGGAGGCUAUGCUGGAUGGUGUACCUUUUGGACCGGUACGCGACAGUCGCGACGACGACGUUCGAUUUCAUGCUCGACGACAAGAGGAUGAAGCGCAUGCUGCCGUGCUCGUACGACCUGUUCUCGAGAAACGUGCCUGUGGAGACUGGCUCGUUGGACUCGGCACCGGACGGCCACGGCGGGACGAGGUACACAGUCGGCAAGCCCGAGAACCUGGGCAGCUUCUCGUACCACUGCGAGAUACUACGCAUCCUGAGCCAGGUACACGACUUUCUCAAGACGCCCAUAGACGUGACGUCGUCGACAGACAUGGCCGGGUGGCGCAACACAUACAGGUCGCUGGACUCGGCGCUGGACAACUGGCUCCAAAGCCUGCCGAGCGAGUACAGCCGCAUCUCGGCGCUCUGCCACUCGGACCCGGCCAGUCGCGUGGCCAACUGGUUCAUGCUGCAUAGCGCGUACGUGACGUCGGUGGUACGGCUGCACUCGUCGGCGGCGUACCCGACGGUGCGAUCUCACAUCUUCGUUCCGUCGCACUACGCCAUGCAGCGGUGCGUGUCGGCGGUGCAGAGCCUCCGCGACAUCACACAGGACGUCUACGAGGCCAACGGGCUGGACCUGGUGGGGCCGCCGUUUGCGUUUUCGCUGUGGACGGCGGCGCGGCUGCUCAUCGUGCACGCCUCGGCCAUGGGCUGCCCCGUGGACGGCAAGAUUGACUUCUUCAUUGACAUCCUGACGUACGUGGGGCAGUACUGGGAGGUGGCCAACAACUACGCACGGAUCCUGGCACGGGUGAUGCAGAAGGGCCGACAGAGCGAGGUGCCGUAUGUCGUCAUGAGAAGGAGCGCAUACGACCUCGUGGGGCUCACAUCGGCGACGCGGCGCUCGGGCCUGGACGAGACGUCAUCGCAGUCGGUAUCGCUGAGCGAGCUCGACAACAUUGACGUGUUUGACUUUUUCAACUACCCCAAGGUAGCGGAGCCGGCGCCGCGGAGCAUGGCGGGCGGGCAGACGAGCAUCCUGCUUCAACCGCAGGGCUACGGGCCAGAGGCCAUGCGGAACGGCGGACCAGCUGUUCCGGACCCGGAGGCGGACUGGCUCGGGUACGCGUCGCCGUUCAGCUAGACAAGCGGCGUAAAUGCCACCCAGCAACGUUGAUGACAAGUCACGGGACGUCUCGUUGAGACGAGGCGGGGCGGGGUUUUGAUUUUAGUUUGCAUGUGUACGACCAGUUGCUCAUGACUAGGCGUUGGAUACCAAAUCUCAUUUAGAUGCAUCAAUGACGAAGCACUCGUCUCGGAAUUCAAUGGCUAUCGCGAUGGGCAAGGGUGUCGGACCGUGCAUGCUUGGGAGGGGGCGCAGCAUCGGUGCUGCCUUGUCCGUGAGUCCAACACGUCACUUACUACAUAAAGUAGGCACCGCAAGGGCUGGGGAGGUGUGCUACUAGUACUACCUUGAUUAUCAAGCAGUAUGAGAGGCUUCGUCGGAGCGGCAUGGGUAGGGAGAAAGGACCCGAGUGUGCUGACUUGUCUCCAUAACGGGGCCUACCUACCUACUAAUGUACAACUUAUCCCCCAUCUAUACCUAUUACACGCGAAUCAGUACAAUGCAAGUAGUAUUGUAUAGUUUUGCUGCAUCCGAAUUGGAAGCACCGCUGCCGCCCUCUGCUGUUGUUGUUACACCUUGCCAAGAACCACAGCGAAGCCGCAGCUGCAGCUGCAGCCCACCUGCAGUUAGGAGGUAAACGUAUUGCGUAACCUUCCGUACCGCAC